AUGUCACCGAUUACGCCCACGCAGGACCAUUCAGCCGAAGCCACUUUAGCACAAGAAAUGACUGAACGGUUCCGGCAGGUCCUCAGUCUGAAGCGCAUGAACGAUCUGUCGGCGUCAAGAGUCCAUGCCCCAGUCUCGAGUUCUCCAAGAGAACGCACCCAGAUACAACCAACUGCGAAGCCCGACGCCCCCCCUUCUUAUUCAUCCCUGCGCAAUAUUCCUCUUGUGCCAACUCCGCCACAGGAUGCCCGUUCUCGGAGGUUUCGCAACAUGCUUCAUCGUCUCUCUAACAUACCGCUCAGAUGGGAAAACCCCGGGCUAUUAGAUGAGGCUUUGCAGGCGGUCCCUCUGGAACAGAUAUACAACGAGGCCGAAGAUGAGUCCGAAAGACUGCGCGCUGAAGCAGAGAGCCUAGGGCGGAAUAAGAAACCAGCCUGGGGCUACCAAGAUUGCGUUGUCCGAGCACUGCUUCGCUGGUUUAAGAGGACUUUCUUCACUUGGGUGAAUAAUCCCGCCUGUCAGAGGUGCUAUUCGCCUACCGUCCCCGUGGGCUUAGCGGAACCUACUCCGGAAGAAUUCGCAUUUGGUGCGCAGCAAGUGGAGCUUUACAAAUGCUCCCACGAAGCCUGCGGCAACUAUGAACGAUUCCCGCGUUACAACGAUGCUUUCGUCCUUCUUCAAAGACGGUGCGGGCGGAAUGGAGAAUGGGCGAAUUGCUUUGGCAUGCUCUGUCGCGCUAUCGGGUGUAGGGUCCGAUGGGUGUGGAACUCGGAGGAUCAUGUUUGGACGGAGGUGUACUCUACGCACCGGCGGCGUUGGGUUCAAGCUGACCCUUGCGAGGAAGCAUGGGACAAGCCUCGGCUCUAUACGGAAGGGUGGGGCAAGAAACUCGCCUACUGUAUUGCCUUUUCGUCCGAAGGAGCCGUUGACGUAACUCGCCGCUACGUACGAUCCUACCGACACGCACUCGAUCGUACGCGUUGCAGUGAACCUGAACUCCUCUAUAUAAUGGAUGAGAUCACGGCAAUGCGGCGCGGAAAGCUGGAGGGAAGAGACAAGUUUCGGCUCGAGGGCGAGGUAAUGAGGGAGCAUCGGGAACUGUGGGGUUAUGUAAUAACUGGGAUCGCCGCCGAGCUUUGCAGGCUGAGAGUAGAGACGCGCAGAGACGGAAGCCUCGCUAUCGUUGGGGAAAGAGUUGGUGAAGGGCUCGAUCCCAAGGUCUUGGAAGGUCUGGCUGAAACCGGUACGUAG